CUGAGCGCUCGGGGCCUUUUCAAAUCGGGAUCCGUUACCGCUUUCCCGGCCGCCGCCAUUGUAGCGCUCGGAGCCCCUUAGCGCAGGCGGCGGAGGCGGAGGCAGCGGUAGCGGGAUGGCGGACGCCGACAAGCCCGAGGUGCUCGGGGCCGCUGGCGACGACAGUCCGCAUCAGCAGCCCGUGGAGCAGCCGGGCGAGCCGCGGCGAGAACCGCACCCGCCGGAGCCGGAGAAGCAGCCGCCGCAGCACAGCAGCAGCUCCAAUGGCGUUAAAAUGGAGAAUGAUGAAUCAGUCAAAGAAGAUAAAUCUGAAUUAAAAGAAAAAUCUUCAGGAAAUAAGAAGGCCAAUAGAUUUCAUCCUUACUCAAAAGACAAGAAUUCAGGCACUGGAGAAAAGAAGGGUCCAAAUCGAAACAGAGUUUUCAUUAGCAACAUCCCAUAUGACAUGAAAUGGCAAGCUAUUAAAGAUCUAAUGAGAGAAAAAGUUGGUGAGGUUACAUACGUGGAGCUCUUUAAGGAUGCGGAAGGAAAAUCAAGGGGUUGUGGUGUGGUUGAAUUCAAAGAUGAAGAGUUUGUAAAGAAAGCACUAGAAACUAUGAACAAAUAUGAUCUUAGUGGAAGACCCCUGAAUAUUAAAGAGGAUCCUGAUGGAGAAAAUGCUCGUAGGGCAUUGCAACGAACAGGAGGAUCAUUUCCAGGAGGACAUGUACCCGAUAUGGGAUCGGGGUUGAUGAAUUUACCACCUUCCAUUCUCAAUAAUCCAAACAUUCCUCCUGAGGUUAUCAGUAAUUUGCAGGCUGGUAGACUUGGUUCCACAAUUUUUGUUGCUAAUCUUGACUUCAAAGUUGGUUGGAAGAAGCUAAAGGAGGUGUUCAGCAUAGCUGGAACUGUAAAGCGGGCAGAUAUUAAAGAAGACAAAGAUGGCAAGAGCAGAGGAAUGGGCACAGUCACUUUUGAACAAGCAAUUGAAGCAGUUCAAGCAAUUUCUAUGUUCAAUGGGCAGUUUUUGUUUGAUAGACCUAUGCAUGUGAAAAUGGAUGACAAGUCUGUCCCUCAUGAAGACUACCGUUCACAUGAUAGUAAAACACCACAGUUACCACGCGGUCUUGGAGGCAUUGGAAUGGGACUUGGUCCAGGCGGACAGCCUAUUAGUGCCAGCCAGUUGAACAUAGGUGGUGUAAUGGGAAAUUUAGGUCCAAGUGGUAUGGGAAUGGAUGGUCCAGGUUUUGGAGGAAUGAAUAGAAUUGGAGGAGGAAUUGGGUUUGGUGGUCUGGAAGCAAUGAAUAGCAUGGGAGGAUUUGGAGGAGUUGGCCGAAUGGGAGAGCUGUACCGUGGUGCAAUGACUAGUAGCAUGGAGAGAGAUUUUGGACGUGGUGAUAUUGGAAUAAAUCGAAGCUUUGGAGAUUCCUUUGGUAGACUUGGCAGUGCAAUGAUUGCAGGAAGAAUAGGAGCUUCUAACAUGGGUCCAGUAGGAUCUGGAAUAAGUGGUGGCAUGGGUGGCAUGAACAAUGUGACUGGAGGAAUGGGGAUGGGAUUGGACCGGAUGAGCUCCAGCUUUGAUAGAAUGGGACCAGGUAUAGGAGCUAUCCUGGAAAGGAGCAUCGAUAUGGAUCGAGGAUUUCUAUCUGGUCCCAUGGGAAGCGGAAUAAGAGACAGAAUAGGCUCCAAAGGCAACCAGAUAUUUGUCAGAAAUCUGCCUUUUGACUUGACUUGGCAGAAACUAAAAGAGAAAUUCAGUCAGUGUGGUCAUGUAAUGUUUGCCGAAAUAAAAAUGGAGAAUGGAAAGUCAAAAGGCUGUGGAACGGUCAGAUUUGACUCCCCAGAAUCAGCUGAAAAAGCCUGCAGAAUAAUGAAUGGCAUAAAAAUCAGUGGCAGAGAAAUCGAUGUUCGCUUGGAUCGUAAUGCAUAAUUUCAAACCACGGUUGGAACAUUCUUACAUCUGUUUUGCUGAAUCUCCUAGUAAAAAGUCAUUUUUUUAGUAAUACUGUAUGCUUACAAAAGCUGUAAAAAUGAACUUUUAAAACUCCCACCAGCUUUUAACAGUAUAGUGUUAAAUAUACUGUGAUUUUUGUUAAUCUCAAGUUUGGGUUUUUAAAGACAGCAAGUCGGUCAUUCAGUUUAAAUGAAUGGUUAUACUGUUUUUAAUGAAAUAAGCCAUUUUCUUGUUACUUUCAGUACUACAUAGUGGGAUUUGUUUGUUCAAGUUUCCUCAGCUUUUAUUAGCUUACUGUAAGGUAAAACAUAGAUGAUUUUUUCAAAACUUACAUUUUAUAUAUGUAAUUGUCCUUGAAAAGAAAGGGCUCAGAUAAAUUAGGAUGUGAUUUUGGCUGGUUUUGAAUUACUUUUCUUUGGUGAUAAAGAAUUAUUGUAAGUAAGUUUUAGAUUCUAAAGUUCAGGGUAUUUUUUAUUUCACUUAAAUGAAGAAAUGGAGUUUUCCUUCUCUUCCCUUCCCAUCAUUCACAUUUUCCACAUAACACUAUUAAUAUUAACCUCCACAGCCCCUUAUUUUAUUAUUUCCAAUGAUUCCAAGUUCAUAUAGAACUGAUAAUGUGGCGAUCCCCAAGUAUAAUAACAGGCAGACUACUCCCAGCUUUCUGUCUAGUUUCCAGCCAUUGAAGUGAACUGCUGAAAAAAGAAAAAUAAUCGAAAUGUUGAGAGCGAUGGUUAUGUAAGUUAGUCCUCUGCUGUUCACUUCUAUAGGAGCUGAUGCAUUUAUAAAUGCAGUUUUAAUAAACCAUGGAACACCUAGGCACAGCAUAUCAAACACAUUGGAUCCCACGAUGUUAGACAUAGCCAUAUCUCCUUUGCCUGCAAGAAAAGCAUGUUGUUAAAAUUUGCACACCAAUACUGUAUUUUAUUAAUAAGCUUCAUAAAAAAAAAACACUGGAAAUUUU